GUCGAGGCAAACUAAAACGAGACGAAGAUCCAAGGCAAAGAUCCAGAGCUCGAAGAUCUGUCUCUUUGAAAUUUUUGGUUUUUUUUUUUUUGGGAGAAGACAGGGAUGAGUAUCCUAGGAAUCGACAUGAGCUGCGCUAUAGGAUCUCUCCGGAACGGAGACUUCCCGGAGAAAGACUGUCUUCUUCCUCUCAUGUCGAAGCUUCUCGGUUACUGUCUCGUCGCCGUUUCCACCACCGUCAAGCUCCCUCAGAUUAUGAAAAUUCUGCAUCAUAAGAGUGCAAGAGGGCUCAGUGUUGUAGCGUUUGAGCUCGAAGUGGUCGGUUACACCAUCUCUCUGGCGUAUUGUCUGCACAAAGGGCUUCCCUUUUCCGCUUUUGGCGAAAUGGCCUUUCUCUUGAUUCAAGCGAUAGUCGUGGUUGCUUGCAUCUACUAUUUCUCCCGACCUCUUCCCGUAACAACGUGGCUCAAGGCACUUCUAUAUUGUGCUCUAGCGCCAACUGUACUUACUGGUCAGAUCGAUCCUUUUCUGUUCGAGGCCCUUUAUGCUUCAAAGCAUGCGGUGUUUUUGUUCGCUAGGCUCCCUCAGAUAUGGAAGAACUUCAAUAACAAAAGCACUGGGGAGCUAAGUUUCUUAACAUCAUUCAUGAACUUUAGCGGUUCAAUGGUUAGGGUAUUUACCAGCAUCCAGGAAAAUGCUCCGGUUAGCGUUACUGUGGGUUUUGCCCUCGGAUUCGUGACCAAUGGGACGAUUCUGAGUCAGAUCCUUUUGUACGGAAAGCCCACUGUCCCGAACGAGAAGAAAGUCAAGUGAAAGGUAAAGAUACGGUCCAUUCUUAAGAUUAUAUUAGAGAAAUUAGAAGAUUAAUACCUGAAUUUAUCAAAAUUUCCAAAAUAAAACUUCAGUUUUAAUUUUACCUUUUAAAACCUAAAAAAAUUCAUGCUUAAAUAAACUUCAACAUUAUAAAUUAUGUCAAAUUUAACCUAUAUCGCUAUGUGAUAAUUUUGAAUUCAUCCAAAUGGCAGAAAGUCAAAAUUGUUACGUUAUCGUUCAAAUUGUCAUGUUAGCGAUUAGAAUUAAAUUUGACAUGGUUUAUAAAGUUCGGGUUUAUUAAAUAUGAAUAUCAAAGUUUGGAUUUUAAUAGAUAAAAAAAUAAAGUCGAGGUUUUAUUUUAAAAUUUUAACAAGUUAAAGGUAUUAAUCUUCUAAUUUACUUACAAAUUAUAAAGAAGAUAGGAUAUUGAAAUCAGGGUAUUCUUUUUAUUAUUGCGGAGACCGUACACAAACGAGAAGACAAUAAUAAUAAAGCGGAUUGAAUUCUGGUCUCCGACAAGAUCCUAAGAACAUGCUUGGACUUGAUGUUUCAGAGAGAGGAUUCGCUAACAUGUACUCCCUCUGUUUAAUUUUAGAUGUCGUUUUAGGCUAAUUUUUUUGUUUUAAAAUAAAUGACGUUUUACUGUUUUCUAUGCAUUUUUUAUACUUUUUUCCA